GGACCCUUCUGGUUUAUGGGAUUGUCUUUUUCCCUUUUUCCCCUUAGGAACGGCGUGAAUGUUGAGGGGGCGACACACAAGCAGGUGGUGGACCUGAUCCGAGCAGGCGAGAAGGAGUUGAUCUUGACAGUGUUAUCUGUACCUCCUCAUGAGGCGGAUAACCUAGACCCCAGUGACGACUCGUUGGGACAAUCCUUUUAUGAUUACACAGAAAAGCAAGCAGUGCCCAUAUCGGUCCCCACAUACAAACAUGUGGAGCAGAAUGGUGAGAAGUUUGUGGUAUACAAUGUUUACAUGGCAGGGAGGCAGCUGUGUUCAAAGCGGUACCGGGAGUUUGCCAUUCUACACCAGAACCUGAAGAGAGAAUUUGCCAACUUUACAUUUCCCCGACUUCCAGGGAAGUGGCCAUUCUCGUUAUCAGAACAACAAUUAGAUGCCCGACGUCGGGGCUUGGAAGAAUAUUUAGAAAAAGUGUGUUCGAUACGAGUCAUUGGUGAGAGUGACAUCAUGCAGGAAUUUCUGUCCGAAUCAGAUGAGAACUACAACGGUGUGUCCGACGUGGAGCUAAGAGUAGCAUUACCAGACGGGACAACAGUCACAGUCAGGGUGAAAAAGAACAGCACUACAGACCAAGUCUAUCAGGCCAUUGCAGCAAAGGUCGGCAUGGACAGUACCACGGUGAAUUACUUUGCCUUAUUUGAAGUGAUCAACCAUUCCUUUGUACGGAAGCUGGCACCUAAUGAAUUUCCUCACAAACUCUACGUUCAGAAUUAUACAUCAGCAGUGCCAGGCACCUGCCUGACCAUUCGGAAGUGGCUUUUUACAACAGAAGAAGAAAUUCUCUUAAAUGACAAUGACCUUGCUGUCACUUACUUCUUUCAUCAGGCUGUCGAUGAUGUGAAGAAAGGUUAUAUCAAAGCAGAGGAGAAGUCCUACCAGUUACAGAAGCUGUACGAACAAAGGAAAAUGGUCAUGUACCUCAACAUGCUAAGGACUUGCGAAGGCUACAACGAAAUCAUCUUCCCGCACUGUGCCUGUGACUCCAGGAGGAAGGGGCACGUCAUCACCGCCAUCAGCAUCACGCACUUUAAACUGCACGCCUGCACCGAGGAAGGGGAGCUGGAGAACCAGGUAAUAGCAUUUGAAUGGGAUGAGAUGCAGCGAUGGGACACCGACGAAGAAGGAAUGGCCUUCUGCUUUGAAUACGCACGGGGAGAGAAGAAGCCCCGAUGGGUUAAAAUCUUCACGCCAUAUUUCAAUUACAUGCAUGAGUGCUUCGAGAGGGUGUUCUGCGAGCUCAAGUGGAGAAAAGAGAACAUCUUCCAGAUGGCAAGGUCCCAGCAGAGGGAUGUGGCUACCUAGCCUCUCCUUACUCUGGCCCUCCUCCCCACCCUCCUCCUCUUACCCUCUUUGUCUCCCAUGUCAGACAGAGUAACUAUUAACACGAAAAGAAGAGAAAAAGGAAAAAAGUCAUUAUAUCCAAAAGCCCUAGACUGAGCAUUAAUAAUCACCCCUCUGAAUGUCGUGUCUCUGGGACCUAGCUGGUAGAGAACAGCUGAUUGGUCAGCACCGGGAGUCAGCUGAGCUAAGACGGGAAGAGGUCAGCCCCGCCAGCCGCCAAAGGGGUCCUUGUCCCCUCACCUGGGCCUCACACCCACAGACUCUCCUUGUUCUCUAUUUUUAAAACUGGAACUACGAACUCCAUCCAUGUGCACUGUUCAGACAUAUAUAUGUAUGUAUGUAAAAAAAUUAUAUAUACACAAAUUAGCUGCACGUAUAUACAUAUAUAUAUAUUUCUUUUUAAGUUUCAUAUUGAUGGCAGUACCUUUUUUAGCUUGUGUUUUUACACAUCUUUCACGAGGACUCAUGAUCCCUCUCUUGCUCUCUUUAUUUUGAAACAAACUUUAAAAAGGCAAAAAAAACCAAAAACCCAACAACAGUACACACACAUACAAACACGCAAACAUUUUACAGGGAAAAUACCUCUCCUCACGAAGGACUCGCAAAGUUUACAACCUGCCUGGGUUCUUCCCCACCCCUGCCCCCACCCCCUUCUAUUUGCAUCGAAUGCAGAUUCUGACUUAUGUCACCAGUCUGAGGAGCAAGGAUUGUUUAUCUCCCAAGAGGGUGUGGGGGAGGAGGAAGAGGUGUGUGCAUGCAGGGCAGCCAGGCCGCAAGUGAGAGUCUAAAGACUUAGUAUGGCCUCAUGGCCGAUUCUAGGACAAUUUUCCUGGUCCAUCUGUCUCUCUCUAACUCAUGCCUCUCUAGCCCCGCCCUAUGACCCCCUGUCUGCCAUCCCUCAGCUGGCCCAGGAGAUGAAGGCGAUGCCACAGGAACUGGAGACCCCUCACGGUGGUGAUUUCUCAUUUCCCUGCCUUUCCUGAAGGAGGCAGCGCGAGGCUGGUUCCCUGAGGCACCCACUGGGGCUGACACAGGGACAAGGAGGGAAGCAGUGCCCUGUGACGUCAGCGUCCCCGGCCCCAUUCCUGACCACUCACCAGCCGGAACUGUUACGUGCUCUGUGACUUCCGGAUGCAGCGCGUUGGGGAGGAGCCUGAAGUAUCUAGGAGAUGAUGGGUCAGUGGCCUGUGCCAACCAAACUGCAGCCCCACCCACGCCCACUGAAGGCCCAGGAAGGUGCAGGAGGAGCGUUGUUGGCUUUAGGUUGGCCCUCGCCUGGCCAUUACAAGGAGACUGCAGGACAUACUCUGCCCUCCCCAGUGCUGCCCCCUGGGAGCUGUGUUCCAGGGGCUGGGCCAGCUGAGCCUGGUGGACGGCAGCCUCCACCCGGCGCCUGGAAACACUGAGGCCGGCUCUGAUGCUGUGAGAUCCUCCUUUUCUUCCUGCCUUCCCGACAAUGUCCUCCUCACGGGCGUCCUUGCUUUGCGGACCUGGGAGGCUGUUGCCAGGUCUGUUUUGUAGCUGGCUUUUGCAGGGCCACUCCGUAAACGGGUGGCCGCAUGUCCUCAGAGGAGAGUUGGGUCCAGUAGACCUCUCUCUCAUCGUUUCUCCCGGGGGAGUCUGAGUGCAGAACAGAAGAACGUGGAACUUGACCCCUGAUUGGAAGGCUUUGACAUAGGAUUCACUUUGGGGUUGUUUUUUUUUUGUUUGUUUAAACAAAUUUAAUACUGAGCCAAGAGACCCUGCAGCGGUGGGGGUGGGGUAAGUGGAUUUCUCGCUCCAAGAUGCUAACGAGACUGGCUUCCGGUUUGUCCAAAUGGCAAAACUGGCAGCAGUUCUUCUUUCCCUCCCCUCCUUCGUAGUGGGAGAGUACCGAACAAAUUCCAUGUGAUGCCCGCGCUGGCCUCUGGGCAUGAAAUGCUGGGGGUGCCUCCUCUGGAGAGGCUGGCUGCUGCUCUGUUCCUUGUCCAGCACCACAUCUGUCCCCUUGGUGCUCUGGGGGGGGUGAUGGGCCCCAGAGUGUUGGCCUGUUGUUAGACUGUUGGGGGACAGGCCUGCCUGAGGCUGUGCCGCAGCCUACAAUAGGGAGGAACGAGGCCCGAGAGAGGGGUCUUCCUCCCCGUGACAAGAGGUGUAGGGGUCACUGUGGCCCCUGAGGCCACCGGAUCUAGCCCUUCUUUGCAUGAAGCAGUGUUAGGUGUGACCCUCCGUCCCCCUCAUACUUCCUUUCUCUAGUCCCUGUGACUUUCCUUGUCCUGGUUCAGCCCAGGGAGGCUUCUCCCUAAUCGUCUUUAGCAUUGUGUCCGUGGGAGGGGGAGACUCCUGAACACUCCCUCCAACAGAGCCCGCACGGUCUUCCUCCUGGAAGGGGAGGAGGCACAGAGCUUUGUAGAGAACAGCCAGUAGACUGCAGGCCCAGAGAGCAACUUCCCUUGGGCCAUGCUUCAGGCUCUCUCUCCUUCAUCUUUUUAUUCUCCCCUCCAUUUUCCUGCCCUCCGCUUGCCUUGGGCCUAAGCUCAGCACCGGUACAGAUAGAUAUGCACGUGCUCAGGGCAGUUCCUAGGCCGGGCCGGAGCUCUCAGGGAGGAAUUAGAUCACCGUUCCAGCAUCCUCAUUCCUGGCCAUCUGGUUUCCUCCUUCAGUUACCCAGCCCAGGCUGGUAGCCACAGGUUGUCCCCUCAUGGCUCCGAACCCAGUGCUUGGAGCAGGAAAACAGGGCACUGACAGGAGGCACUGACACUUCUCUCUCUCAUAUCGGAAUCUGCCAGUCUUAAAGGGCACUGCAUCCUGGUUGGCUGGACAUCGCCAGACCUGAAGGGACUACGGCGCCCUCCUCUCUUUCAUGUUGUCUGGAUGGAUUGAGCAGUGAGACCAUUUGGUCUGCUGGACCCCAACACACUGCUGGGUUUCUUCACCAGCUGCUUUUUCAGAGAUCAGAAUCAAGGUGUUGGGUGUGCUGCUGUAACUCACAGCGCGCCCCCAGUCUUGCCUCUUAGCUUCCCCUCCCCUCAGUCCAAGCAGGACUUGCCAAGCCUCUUGCUGGCACCUGAAGGGGAGAGCCUCAGUCCCUCCACAGCAGUACCCUGGGUUGGGGGGCGUGGGGGGGUUAGGGAAGUCCAGGGCUCUGGGGAGGGAGAGAAUGAAGAGGAGCGAGAUGGGGCUGGGGCACUUGACCAACUGCUCACCUUGCACACGGUUUCCAGCUCCACCCCCAUCCCCUUCAAGCCAGUGAGCUGGGCUUCAGUUCUCCCCAGGCCGUGCACACUUUUAAUUUAUUUGAGAGAAACUCUAAUUGUAUUUUCACUGCAGUAUCUUGUAUUUUUUAUUUGUGAUUUAAGAAAUGUGAAGAGAAAAUAUACAGACACAUAAUGGCUAACAGUGUUUCUUUCAUUCCUUGUUCUAGAGCUAACCACUCUAAAAUUGUUUGGUAAUGUCACUUAGUGUAAUUAAUUGUAACAUAUUCUUUUAAAUAAAUUGAUUUAUUGAUGAA